GAAACCUGCCCUGUCGUUGCACACGAUGGCGAGAGCAGAAGGCUGUGGCGGCCCCCUGGGACUCCGGGCCUCUCUGUGCGUCCUCCUGCUGCUGUGCGCGGCCCUGGCUCAAGGGACCACCUCGGCAGAGAAGAGUCGGCAGAGGAGAGACAUCUCCAGCGACCAGCCUCGCGUUUCGACGGAGAGUGGGCAGCUCGUGUUCCACACGGGCAAUGGCAAAGCCAUCGAGUUCCGCACGGGGACCGGAGGAGAAGUGCGGAUCGGGGAUAUCAGCCUCUCCGAGUCUCUGGCUCAGGUGCGGACCAACCAGAAAGACAUCGUCGACCUGAAGGCCGGAGCGACGGGCGUUAAUGUGACGGCAGCGAUCCACCAGCUGGAUGUCAAGAUACAAACCCUGGAUGGCAAGGUGACCACGAUUGAGCAGGACAUGGGCCUCACGGCGUGCGCCUCCAGCCCCUGCUUGAACGGGGCGCACUGCGUCAACCUGUACAAGUCCUUCUACUGCGUGUGCCCCAGCAACUGGAAGGGCACGCGGUGCAAUGAGGACGUGAACGAGUGUCAGAUCUACGCCGGCACGCCCAUGGGGUGUCAGAACGGAGGCACCUGUCACAACACCCCCGGGACCUACAGCUGUUCCUGCACGCCCGAGUUCACGGGUCCUCACUGCGUCACCAAGUUCGACGACUGCCAGGCCGGCUCGCAGGCGCUGUGUGUGCACGGCGUGUGUGUGGAUGGCGUCAGGAUCAACCCCAACGAGCCCCGAUUCGAGUGCAUCUGCGAGGGCGGCUACACGCAGCCCGGCGCGGGGGGGAGUCCCGCGUGCAGCGCCGACCUGGACGAGUGCGCGCAGCCCAUCCCGCCCUGCUCCGCCAACCCUCCCGUCAGCUGCUUCAACACCGUGGGCUCCUACUACUGCGGCGCCUGCCCCAGCGGCUGGCAGGGAAACGGCUACAGCUGCACGGAUGUGAAUGAGUGCGCGAUGGGAAACGGUGGGUGCUCCACUGUGCCGCCCGUGCAGUGUCUCAACACCAUGGGCUCGUACCACUGUGGGCCCUGCCCCUCCGGCUACGAGGGCGACGGGAGGACGUGCACGGCCGUGGAGGUGUGCUCCAUCAACAACGGCGGCUGCCACUCGCUCGCCACCUGCACCGCCGUGCCAGGCAGCUCUCUGCCCAUCUGCACGUGUCCGCCCGGCUACCUUGGGAACGGCUACGGCCCCAACGGCUGCGUGGCGAGCGCUGGCAACUGCAACCCCAACCCCUGCGUGCACGGCCACUGCAUUGAGCAGACCACGGGGUUCGUGUGCGCGUGCGAAGCGGGCUGGAGCGGCACCAUCUGUAACCAGAACAUCAACGAGUGUGCCAGCAGCCCCUGCCUCAACGGGGGGACCUGCGUGGACGGCACCGACUCCUACAGCUGCACCUGCACCAGCAGCUGGACCGGCACCAACUGCCAGACGCCCACGCAAGUGUGCGGGGGGUGGCUGUCGGGCCCCGCCGGCUCGUUCAGCUACCCCAACACUCCGGGCUCCGAGACCUACGACCACCAGGUCAGCUGCGCCUGGGUCAUCGAGGUGGCAUCCAAUCAGGUGGUGCGCAUCACGUUCCCGUUCUUCCACCUGGAGGGGGGCUCCACCUGCCAGUUCGACUGGCUGCAGAUCCACGACGGCAGCUCCGCGUCGACCCACAUGCUGGGGAAGUUCUGCGGGACGACGGUGCCCAGCGAGCUCAUCAGCUCGCACAACACCCUCUACUUCUGGUUCCGCUCCGAUCACUCCGUCAACGCUGGCGGAUUCACCUGUCGUAUGGGAGUCCCGCGCUGCCCCGUAUGA